UAGAGAGAGGGGCCAGAUGUGGGGGCUCAAAAGCCCGCUGGUUGGAGGGGGCUAGGAGUGCAGGCCCAUAGGAGUCAGGGCAGGAGGGCAAAGGGAACAGGAAGAGGGCAUGGGGCAGGAGAAUCGCUGGGGGGGUGGGCAGGAGUUUCGCUGCUGGGAACAGGCAGGGAUCAGAGCCCCUGGAGGGCCCUCCAGGGCCACGGCAAACACUGAGGUCACUGCUGCUCCUGCAGAGCCCUGCCCUCACGCCCGCCCCAGCUAUAAGGGCCCGCCCCGGGCAGGGUGUCCAGGCUGCGGAGGCGUCAUGACCGAGUCACACCUGCCGCCAUGGCUGCUGCUGCUCCUUACACUCUGUGGCCUGGGUGCUGCUGUCCGGACCACCUCGUUCCCAGCCUGUGCCCAGGGCCCUGAGUUCUGGUGCCAAAGCCUAGAGCAAGCAUUGCAGUGCAGAGCACUGGGCCACUGUCUACAGGAAGUCUGGGGACAUGCAGGAGCUGAUGAUCUGUGCCAAGAAUGUGAAGACAUCGUCCACAUCCUCACCAAGAUGGCCAAGGAGGCCAUUUUCCAGGACACAAUCCGGACGUUCCUGGAGAAGGAGUGUGACAUCCUCCCAUUGAAGCUCUUCGUGCCCCAGUGCCACCACAUGCUCAACACCUACUUCCCAGGGGUCAUCGACUAUUUCCAGAGUCAGAUUAACCCAAAGGCCAUCUGUGAGCACCUGGGCCUGUGCAAACCUGGGCGUCCAAAACCAGGGCAGGAGUCAGAGCUGUCAGACCCUCUCCUGGACAAUCUGGUCCUCCCCGUGCUGCCUGAGGCCCUCCUGGCAAGGCCUGGGCCUCAGACACAGGAUCUCUCUGGACAGCGGCUCCCCAUCCCCCUCCCCUUCUGCUGGCUCUGCAGGACUCUGAUCAAGCGGGUCCAAGCUGUAAUUCCCAAGGGUGUGCUGGCCGUGGCCGUGGCCCAGGUGUGCCACGUGGUACCCCUGGUGGUGGGUGGCAUCUGCCAGUGCCUAGCUGAGCGCUACACUGUCAUCCUGCUGGAUGUGCUGCUGGGCCACAUGCUGCCCCAGAUGGUCUGCGGCCUGGUCCUCCGGUGCUCCAGCGACAACAGCGCUGGCCCAGGCUUCACCGCUCUGGGGUCCCUGUCAGGAGAAUGGCUACCUCAGGACUCCAAGUGCCGUCUCUGUGUGUUGGUGACCACCCAGGCAGGGAACAGCAGCGAGCAGGCCAUGCCACAGGCAAUGCGCCAGGUCUGCCUCAGCUCCUGGCUGGACAGGCAAAAGUGUGAGCAGUUUGUGGAAGAGCACGCGCCCCAGCUGCAGACCCUAGUGUCCGGGGGCUGGGAUGCCCACACCGCCUGCCAGGCCCUGGGGGCAUGUGCAUCCACGUUCAGUCCUCUCCAGUGUGUCCACAACCAGCACUUCUGAUGAGAACUCAAAGCCACUUCGGCAGAGGAGGCCCCUGCUGCUGGCUGCUCCGUCCAUCUCACAGGACACAACUCAAGGCUCCCGAGCACCUGUGGGAGCACCGUCACUAGGCUGGCUCCCUCGGACCCGCUCACUCCCUCUCCUGCCAGCCCAACUCCCAGCUCCCCUGCCCAUUCCAGGCAUCAGGGUUGCUUCAGCUUUUGCCUGAGGCUCUGCCUCACAGAUCACCCUCUGGACUCACUGACAGUCCAGGUUUGGUGUGUCCAGACCAAGCCAACCUUUCCUGAAAUCAGCCUUUGCUGCCCAAAGAUGUGGUCCCCUCAGAUGCCAGCAACGCCACCAUCUGCCUCCUCCCUGACCCCUGCCUUCUGACCGCCUGAGACAGUUCUCUCUUCCUGACCAGGAUGGAGGGGUGGCUCAGAUGCAGCCUCUGUGAGCAGGUGCUUCAGAGCGAGAAACGACGCUGAAAGGACACAGUGGCAGUGGGCUUGAAGUGGCCAGACAGGAAAAAGGCCCACUUUACAGCUCUGCUCAGGGCCAGCCCCUAACGUGAUAGUCAUUUAUUCAUUUGUUCACUCAUUUUUCUUUAAAUGGAGCGGGGACCUGUGGCCAGGCCACAUUCUAGGAGCAAGGGCUACAGCUGUGAAUAGAACAGUGAGCCUCCUGCCCUCUGAGGCCCAGCCCAGGGUCCACCUCCUCUGAGUGGGCAGCCCAACCCUGCUGCUGAAACCCUUGGGCACCAUGAGCCCCUGUGGGAGACGGCAGGAAGUGCCUGCCCCAGCUCACAUCCCACAGAAACCCGUUUAAUGUCAUCCUCCCAUGACACCCCAUGACAGCCGACAGCCAGGAAACCCAGGGAUUAGGGAGCCACCCAAGAGACCGGAGAGGUGGCCUUUCCCCAACUCCCAGGCUCCCAGCACCAGGAAGAGCUGGGCCCCCCUCCUGCUGACACAGGCAGAGCAGCGGGUUGGCACAGGAGGCCUGUGCACUGCUCCCAGCUCUCCUAUCAACUAGCCAAGGGUCCCCAGCCAGGAUGCAUGGCCCCUUCUCUGUCCCUCAUUCUCAGCAGCAAAGUGGGGACUCAGUGAGGUGGUCUCCAGGGCUCUUGGGCUCUCCCACAUGACAAGGCCCCUGCCCGGAACAAGAAGAAGCCUUCUCUCCCACGCUCCUUCCCCACCUCCCUUCCUCAAAAGGACCUUAGGCUGGUGGACCACAAGCCCACAGCUUAGAGCCUCAGUCCUGUGUCUUAUCUGUCCCAUCUCUAACCACAGCCCGAACUAGAGCCACCCCCGUCCUCUCAAGAGUGUGAGGCAUGGCCAGGGCAGCAUCUUCUGGAGGUCUGCAAGAGGGGGCUUCCAGUCAGAGGCCAACCUUCCCACCACACUGGAACGAGCCUACCUCCUACAGCCGCCCAGGGCUGGGCCAAGGGGAACUGGUUGACCACAUGGUCCUUCCCUGGCUCGAGGACAGCAGGGCAGAAACUGGGACCACCUCACUUCCAUCUCCAUGCACACGAGAUACUAGCUUUUACAAUUAUCUUGUUGACGCUUUCAUAAAAUUCAAAAUUUUAAAUAAAAAAUGGAAACAUGAAGUACCAUAAAAAAAUAGA